UUAUUCAGUUUCUUCGUGAUGGCUGUUCUUCUUGUAUUGUUAGUUGGUGUUCUCACCUUCGCCGCGUGGUUUGUUCAUCAACAGUUUACCUACUGGAAACGGCGUGACAUCCCUCACGAUGCCCCCAGUAUUCCAUUCGGUAACACCAGCGAGGUGAUGAGAUCUAAGCAGAUAUCGGACGUUUUUAGGAGAACCUACUUCAAGUAUAAGAACAAGACCGAUGGACCAUUCGUGGGAUUUUAUUUAUACUUCAAGAAGAUAGCACUUAUUACCGAUAUAGAUUUUGUAAAAACGGUAUUGAUUCGGGAGUUCGACAAGUUCCACGAUCGCGGUGUGUUCCACAACGAACGGGAUGAUCCGCUGACCGCUAAUCUGGUGAACAUCGAAGGCCAGAAGUGGAAAACUCUGCGCCAGAAAUUGACUCCCACAUUCACAUCUGGCAAGAUGAAGACUAUGUUCCCCACCAUUCUGGACGUGGGCGAUGAAAUGAUUCGGGUUUUUGAUAAGAAUAUUUCCGAAAAUAAAGACUCUUUGGAGAUCACAGAUUUACUAGCCCGUUUCACCGCUGAUGUCAUUGGAACUUGUGCCUUUGGCUUGGAUUGCCACAGCUUGUCGGAUCCCAAGGCGGAGUUUGUGAAAAUGGGAACUGCUGCCAUCACCGAACGACGUUAUGGAAAAUCGCUGGACGUCUUCUUGUUUGGAGCACCAAAACUAGCGGCAAAACUGCGUAUGAAACAGAGUGUCCAGAAGGUCGAGGACUUUUACAUGAACAUUAUUAAGGAUACUGUGGACUAUCGUAUAAAGAAUAAUGUUAAGCGAAACGAUUUUAUGGAUAUGUUGAUUGAAAUGAAACGGAAACACGAUAGUGGCGACAAAUUAAAUGGUUUGACCUUCAACGAAAUUGCUGCUCAAGCUUUUAUAUUUUUCUUGGCUGGAUUUGAAACCAGCUCCACAACCAUGGGAUUUUCUCUUUAUGAGUUGGCCAACAAUCAAGACAUCCAGGAUAAACUAAGGAUUGAAGUAGAUAGCGUUCUGAAAAAAUACGAUGGAAAAUUAAGUUAUGACAGCAUGCGGGAGAUGACUUACUUGGAAAAGGUGAUUGACGAAACCAUGAGAAUACGCCCGGUAGUUGGUCAUUUAAUCCGAAAUGCCACUCAACGCUACGAGCAUAGCAACCCAAAGUAUUACAUCGAAAAGGGCACUGGAGUGAUCGUGCCCACCUGGGCCAUUCAUCAUGAUCCCGAGUUCUACCCAGAACCAGAAAAGUUCAUCCCUGAGCGUUUUGAUGAAGAUCAGAUCCAGCAGCGUCCUCCUUGCACAUUCCUGCCUUUUGGAGACGGUCCUAGAAACUGCAUUGGACUGCGAUUCGGACGGAUGCAGAUCUUUGUUGGAAUGGCGCUGCUCAUCCACAACUUCAAGUUUGAGGUGCACCCCACCAAGACUGUUGUGCCCAUGGAAUACAGAGCCGAUGACAUUUUGAUGAGUUCUAAAGGCGGAAUUCAGUUGAAAGUCAGUAGGGUUGGGAAGCCAUAAAGAUAAUUAAAACCCGAUUACAACUUGAUGAAAUGCUUAUGGGUUACGACGCAGUUGUCAGUUUAAAUACCUACAAUGUAGUUUUAGUUCGACACUAGUGAUUAAGUGAUAAUUUGCACAUGCAAUUACUAGCUUUUCCCAUAAUGUGAAUUAUUGGUGGAGUUUGAACAGACAUUUAUUUAUAUUUGUAUAUGUAAACGUAUCUAUUAUAAACAUUUAAUAUUUAUAAAGUGAGGAAUAAACGACUUAUUAUUGAGCCAA